CCGGGCAAGCAAAGCUUCAUCUCUCCCCUCCCCUCUCACACCUGAUCAUGAUCACCCACUAUAUAUAAUUCAGUAAACCAUCAUCUCGGUUCAUACCGAUUCGUCACUCGUGCACUAAAUAUAUUAUAUACACACAACAAAAUAUGAAAUCAAAUAUGGCUCAUAAGCUUGUCUUCGCGGUUCUCCUGGUGGCUCUGCUCUUCUCUUGCGCCAUGGCUGCAAGGAUGGUGAUCGCCACAGAGCAAGGGUUUGAUCAGAGGCGGUUUCUCCGCCGCUGCUCGCGUCCCACAAUUUGCUGUGGUCAUAAUGGCAACGUCAACGACCCGACCAAUUGCGAAUUCUGUUGUUAACCCUAACCCUUAAGUAUGCAAUCAAAGCCUGGCACGUACCCU